AUGCUAAGCCUUCUGUAAUAAGGAAGAACAUAGUCAGUUGGGGAUUAAAAAAAAUAUAUUUAUGUGGUUAAUGUAUGGUUACUGAAGCUGGGAGUGAAAGCUGCUGUUCUAAGGAGGGUGGUACGAAGUUUCAGGUUGAUCUGGUGGUUCCCUCCCACCACCUUCUAGCAUGUAUAUAAAUUGUCAGCUCUCCAGACCCUUUGCCAGUUCUCUCUUCUAGACUUGCCAGAAGCAACAGAGGACUAAAGAUGAAGAUCUUUUUCUUAUUCACCUUUUCCACUUUUUUGUUGUCUGCUUUUGAACAAGCAGCUGCUUCUGCUCACUAUGACAAGAUUUUAACUCAUAGUCGAAUAAGAGCACGUGAACAAGGACCAAAUGUCUGCGCCCUGCAACAAGUUAUGGGAACAAAAAAAAAAUACUUCAGCACCUGCAGAAACUGGUAUCAGGGAGCCAUCUGUGGAAAGAAGGCAACUGUCCUAUAUGAGUGCUGUCCUGGCUAUAUGAAGAUGGAUGGUACGAGGGGAUGUCCUGCAGUUGCUCCUAUUGAUCAUGUAUAUGGGACUCUUGGUAUUGUCGGAGCUACCUCCACACAGCGAUAUUCUGACAUAUCAAAGCUGAGAAAAGAGAUUGAAGGACGAGGAUCAUUCACUUUCUUUGCACCAAGCAAUGAAGCCUGGGAGGAAUUAGAUUCAGAAAUUCAUAGGAAUUUAGUUGACAAUGUAAAUAUUGAACUAUAUAAUGCUCUGCACCACCAUAUGGUGAACAAGCGAAUGUUGACAAAAGAUCUCAAAAAUGGCAUGACACUAGUGUCUAUGUAUAAUGGCCAGAAAUUGCUCAUUAACCAUUAUCCUAAUGGGGUUGUUACUGUUAACUGUGCCAGGGUCAUCCAUGGCAACCAAAUUGCUACCAAUGGAGUUGUUCAUGUCAUUGAUCGUGUCCUGACUGCUGUUGGAAACACUAUUCAAGAUUUUAUUGAAGCUGAGGAUGAUCUUUCAUCUCUUAGAGCUGCUGCUAUCACAUCAGAUGUCUUGGAUAUUCUUGGAAAGCCUGGUCACUUCACACUCUUUGCUCCUACUAAUGAUGCUUUUGAGAAUCUUCCAAGGGGAGUCUUAGAAAGGAUCAUGGCUGACAAGGUGGCUUCUGAAGCUCUUGUGAAGUUCCAUAUUUUAAAUACUCUCCAGUGCUCUGAAGCUAUCACAGGUGGAGCUGUCUAUGAAACCUUGGAAGGAAACACGGUUGAAGUUGGUUGUAAUGGUGAAAGUCUGACUGUGAAUGGAGUGAAGAUGGUGAAACGCAAAGAUAUUGUGACAAGCAACGGCGUUAUCCACCUCAUUGAUCGAGUGCUGAUUCCUGAUUCUGCCAAGGAAGUUAUUGAGCUUGGGGGUGACCAACAGGCUACUUUUAAAGACCUGGUGGUACAACUAGGACUGGCAUCUUCUCUAAGACCAGAAGGCCAAUACACUCUCCUGGCACCUCUGAACGGUGCUUUCUCAGAUGAUACCUUAAAGAUGGACCAACGUCUUCUUAAAAUGAUCCUUCAGAAUCACAUUAUAAAAGUGAAAGUUGGACUCAAUGAACUGUACAAUGGGCAAGAGCUGGAGACAAUUGGAGGAAAAGUGCUCCGGGUCUUUGUAUAUCGCACAGCUGUAUGUGUUGAAAAUUCAUGCAUGGUCAGAGGAAGUAAAGAAGGAAGGAAUGGUUUUAUUCACGUCUUCAGACAGAUCAUCAAUCCAGCAGAAAAGACAUUGCAUGAAAUGUUGAGAAAUGAUAAGCGUUUUAGCGUUUUCCUCAGUCUGGUGAAAGCUGCAGAUUUAGAUGACGUUCUGUCACGGCCUGGAGAAUGGACUCUGUUUGUUCCGACUAAUGAUGCUUUUAAAGGCUUAACUGAUGAUGAUAAGGAAAUAUUGAUAAGAGACAAAAAUGCUCUCAGAAACAUUCUCCUUUACCACUUGACGCAAGGAGUUUUCAUUGGAAGUGGCUUUGAGCCUGGUGUGACAAACAUACUUAAAACUAUCCAAGGAGGGAAACUCUACUUGAAAACAGUGAAUGAUACUCUUCUGGUUAAUGAACUGAAAUCAAGAGAAUCUGAUAUUAUGGCAACCAAUGGUGUCAUUCAUGUUAUUGAUAAACUCCUGUAUCCAGCAGAUCUGCCUGUUGGAAAUGAUCAGUUACUCACAAUCCUGAAGAAGCUGAUUAAGUAUAUUCAAAUUAAGUUUGUUCGUGACAGUACCUUCCAAGAGAUUCCACUGACAUUUUACAAAAUUAAUAUAAUUGAAAGCAACGUCCAGCCCAUCAUCAGAAAGGAAGACCCAUCUAUCACACAACUUACUAAAUUAAUUGAAGGGGAACCUGAGUUCAAAAUAGUCAGGGAAGGGGAGACAAUAACAAAAGUGAUUCAUGGAGAACCAAUUAUUAAAACAUACACAAAAAUAAUUGAUGGGAGACCUGUGGAAGUGACAGAGAAAAAAGUAACAGAAGAAAGAAUUAUUCAAGGUCCUGAAAUAAAAUAUACCAGAAUUACUGCAGGUGGUUCAGACAAUGAAGAAAAGUUAAAGAAAUUGCUUGAAGAAGAGGUUACCAAGGUGACCAAAUUUAUUGAAGGUGAUGGUCAUUUACUUGAAGAUGAAGAAAUCAAAAGACUUCUUCAGGGAGCUGGAACUGAGUACACCAAGGUUACUAAAGUAAUUGAGGGAGAGCCACAGAUUAUCGAGAGAGAAAUCAAGAAAGUCCAUCUGGAAGAAGCACCUGUACGGAAACCACAGCCAAGCAGGAGGACACAAGGGGGAACAGCAAGAAGGAGGACGAGACUAGCUCAUUCCUAAAGGUUUUCCAAGAUGGAAUCCACAGAAUUACAAAUUAACAGCAUGGUCUUUGAGAGGAAGAGAAACUGUUUUGGAAAAAAAUUAAGAACAUUAGAAAAUGAUGUUGUUUUGAUAACAUAAUGUAAACUGAACCAUGAAUCCACAAAAUGAUGUGAAGCUGCAGAUACUCACUGCUAGCACAGUGCCCAUGAAGACAAGUAGUCCAUUGGGGGUGCUUUAACUGCUCUGCAUAGUAAUCCCUAUCUUGGGUGGGAUUCUGGAGCAGCUGAAGGCCAUCAGUUUCUGUAGAACCAGGAUUUCUUCUUGUGCUGGCUAGUAGGUGUUUGCAAGAUUGGAUUCAAAAAAAGCAGGGACAAUACAGAGUGUAUUUUUUUAUUAUUAUUAUUUCCACUAAUUAAGAAAGAUAAGUUAAAUAAGAUAUUUUUUAGAAAAAAAAAGUCACUUCAGGUGACUUAGAGUAAUCUAAUGAAAUAUGAGAUGUUAACAUAGCAUUUUUGGUUCAGUAGCGUUGUGUGCUCUCUAUAAGUCAAAAUUCAUCAUGUGUUUAAUAUCAUAAUGACAGCAGUAAAGUUACCUUUUCUAAACAAACAAAUAUGCCUUAUAUUGAAUAUAUAUUUUUGUUUGUUUGUUCUACAUUGCAUAUCAUAGAAUUGUAGAAUCACUUAGGUUGGAAAAGACCUUUAAGUUCAUUGAAUCCAACCAUUAACCCUACUUUCCCAAAUCCAGCACUAAGCCAUAUUCCCAAGCACCACAUCUACAUGACUUUUAAACACAACCAGGGAUGGUGACUCAACCACCUCCCUAGGCAGCCUGUUCCAAUGUCUGACAACCCUUUCAGUGAAAAAGUUCUUCCUAAUGUCUACUCUAAACCUCCCCUGGCACAGCUUGAGGCCAUUCUCUUGUGUUCUAUACCAGUUACUUGUGGGAAGAGACCAGCACCUACCUCUGGUCCAAAUCCAAAUGCCUUCUAGUAACAUGGCUAAUGGAAGCUCUUAAAAUAAAAAUAAAAGCAAACAUGAGCUUCUUAAAAUAAUUCUUGAGAUUGUAUUGACUUAUUUAUUUAUAAGAAAACUCAUUCCCACUAAAGAAAUACUAUACCAAUACAUACACUGAAAUUCUUAAGUGUUUUCCCACUUUUCCUUAUAUGUCUCUUUUGAUUAUUAAAGUGGAUUAUAGAAGGAAUAAAUAAAAUGCAUGCAAACAGUUAAACCAGCACAGGAAAAGGUUUUACAAAAAUGAGGCUAGGUCUGAAAGCUUUUAUAUCAAAACAUGCUUUGCUAAUAUUUGAUACUAAUGUGGACAUUUCUGUAAAUUAUGUCAAUUUUAUAACUCUAGUUUUAUACUAAUAAAAUUUGUUUACCUUUAUUAAUAAAAGUUGGAAAACAUUUACUCAUGGAGUAAAAAAACACUUGCUCAAAGUACUUUAAUUCUGCAGAUCAAAGUUUCAGAAGAGUUAUCUAAUGUUCUUUUAUACUUUUGUUUUGAAGCAAAUACUCAAUAAAGAUUUUGGCUUAACAGUG